AUGGGCAGGCCGCCGUGCUGCGACAAGGAGGGGAUCAAGAAGGGGCCAUGGACGCCGGAGGAGGACAUCAUCCUGGUGUCCUACAUCCAGGAGCACGGCCCGGGCAACUGGCGCUCCGUGCCCAUCAACACGGGCCUCAUGCGCUGUAGCAAGAGCUGCCGCCUCCGCUGGACCAACUACCUCCGCCCCGGCAUCCGGCGCGGCAACUUCACCCCGCACGAGGAAGGCAUCAUCGUCCACCUCCAGUCCUUGCUCGGCAACAGGUGGGCCGCCAUUGCUUCUUACCUCCCGCAGAGAACCGACAACGACAUCAAGAACUACUGGAACACCCACCUCAAGAAGAAGCUCAAGAAGCACCAGGCCAUCGGCGCCAUCUUCGCGCCGCCGCCGCCGCCCUCCGGAGGCUGCUGCAGCAACCCAGCCGAGGUCGCCCAGCUAAUAGCCCGGCGCUCUCCUUUCGCCGCCGACGGCGGCGACAGCUCCUCCUCGUCCUACGCCUCCAGCAUGGACAACAUAUCCAAGCUGCUCACCGGAUUCAUGAAGCAGCAGCAGCAGAGCUCCCCGUCCCCCGACGCUGCAGCUGCCGACAUCAAGCCCUCGGCCGCCCAAGUCAACAACAACCAUGCUCUGCUGUCAUCGUCGUCGUUCCACCACAUGUCUGCCGGCACCGGGAGUGAUACGCCACCUGCAGCAGCCUGCUUCAACGACAUGACGCAGUCACCGCCGCAUGCGCAGCAGGCGGCGCUGAUGAAACACGGCGGUUACGACGACCCCAGGCAGCCGUCCCCGCUGUCUCCGAUAGAGACGUGGCUGUUCGAAGAGGCUGCCGAGCAGGUCGGCGACCUCAUGGAUCUGUCCGAAGACUGCUGCUCAUCAGUUCCGAUGAUGUUUUAG